AUGCUUUUGGUGUUCAAGUUACAAUUAAUAUUUCUAAUAUCAAUUUUGAAUUAUACUUCGCUUCAACGUGUAAAUCCAUUAACACAAUAUUGGGAUUAUCAACGCGAAGGACCUGACACAUGGCAACAAAGAUAUAAUACAUGUAAUGGUAGAGCACAGUCUCCUAUAAACAUUCAAACAUGUCUUGUUAAAUAUGAUAAAAGUCUUAAUCCACUCUGUUUGAAUGAUUUUAUGGUAAAUACAUCUUUGUACGUAUGGAAUUUCACACAUAAUGGCCACACAAUAGUUGUGUAUCCACCGACAUCAGCGCGUCUUUCAAUCAGUGGAGCUAAUCUAUCAGAAAUAUUUUAUUUAGUUCAAUUUCAUUUUCAUUGGGGUUACAAUGCUUAUCAAGGCUCAGAGCAUACAAUUGAUGGAAUAAAAUAUUCUUUAGAAAUACAUUUUGUGCAUGAAGCUCAGUUUUCGAGUUCUUUAACUGUUCUUUGUGUACUUUUUAAUUUACAAGUUGAUGAUAAUCCAUAUAUCAAUGAUCUAUUGUCAAUCUUAAAUCAAACUAGAAAUGCAUCCAUAGCUAUUGAGAGACAAAUCGAUAUAUCUCCACUUUUUCCAACAUUUUUUUCGCCUCGUUUCUAUCGUUACAUUGGUUCAUUAACUACUCCUCCAUGUACGGAAGGUAUUAUUUGGAUAAUAUUAGCAUCGACUGUACCAAUAUCAGAAAAUCAAUUAAAAAUAUUCAUAGAUAAUUCAGCACCAUCAAAUUUUCGAGAUCCACAAAACUUAAAUUCACGUAACAUUUUAGCGAAUUUUGAACCUGAGAAAAAUCUGGAAGUUAAUGACGACUACAACAAAUGUAUUCAACGUUCUUCAGUAUGUAUUGAACAAAGAUCAAUAUUUCUAAUAUCACUUGUUCUUUUUAUAUUUAUACUUCAAUAA